AUAGAUAGAUAGACACUAGUUGUUGACCCCAUCUCAGCACCUCGGCUGGUGAGUACAUAUUGGGCUCGGAAUCACAGCUGCUGCAAGAAUUGUCUCUGUAUAGACAGUCUCCAUGCCUGCUACCAGGUCUCAGCGUUCUUCGCUGUCCGACGGUUCUUUGUCCACGCUCUCCGUAUGUAGUUCACGCCGUUGGCUUGUAACCACUAAUGCCUCCUGUGCAGUCGGAUUCCAUGGUCGAAAUCAAACAUGCACAUGCCCAGGGCCGCGAAGACGGUGAUCAGUUAUCAGCCUCGGCCGUCGAGGAAAGCAAGUAUAGGCUGCUAUACAGCAAGUCUAAAGUAUAUGUCAAACCCACGGCCCACGACAGGGACAAAAUGCCGGGUUUCGUGGCUCUCGUGAAGCGUGAGGCAGUCAAUCCAACUUAUCUACUCGCUUGGAUUCCGGAAAGCUUGCUCUGCGAGAAGGGCACAGGGGAGUGGGAGAAGUUCGUGAAGAUCGAGGAGAGGACGAACUUGGACGAUGAGGACGAAGAUGCGGUCUUGAUCGACCUCCCUGUGCAAAGGCCCGAAUCUUACGCAUUCUCCGUCCCAUUGACAUCUAUAUAUUCACUGUUGGUUCACCCUCCGGCACUGUCGUUAUGGCAUGGAACCAUUGGCAUCAACCUCAUUAAUGGUUCGACUCUGCCGACGUUGCAUUUCCAUGACGAUGAGUCAUUGUCGAUGACUUUCCCGACGCGGCGCAGCAAGAGAGAAUAUUCAAGUUCAUACCCUCCUACGCCGACCCGCUCAAAUCCUCGUCUGCCCGUAUCGUGGGGAGGCGAGGACCUUUUGUCACGACUCAAAUGUUAUGCCCACAUUCUUCGUUCCACCCUCGAGCCAUCUCUGUACCUCGUGGAUCCUUCCAAGGCUGAUAUAGAAACGCAUACAACACAGAUCUUUGAUGACGACGCUAUCGAUGACAUACUAGCCCGGUCUUCUUAUGCCAAUUCUCAUUCUCCAGUUCCAGCGCAUCGUCGCCCGCGCCCUCUUUCCUCUUCAGCGACAAACACGCCUAACCCAUAUUCGGGUCGGUCGUCAGUGUUGCAUCGUUCGCUCUAUCCGCCUUCAGCCAGAAUGGCCCUCCUCCAGUCGUUCUCGAAUAUCACUCGUGCCACGCGGCAUGCUGCUCAGAACAUCCUCUCUCACCCAUAUGCAAAGCCAAUCCUGCCUCACCUACCGGAUCCGGUGAAGUCCUUGGUCAAUGUCAAUGGUGAGUGCGAGUGGGGCAGCUGGGUGGAGAAGGGCGGAGUAGGGGAGUUUGAGAGUGCCCGCGUUUACCUUGCACGGUGGGCGCGAAUAGUCGCCGAAGAAGGAGAUCGGGCGCGUCGAGGAGAAGCGCAGGUGCUCUCAGCCUCUUCGGGGAAUUUGGAGGAGGAAACGUCGUCACUGGGUGUAUUCGAGCUACUGCAGUCAACUAUCAACUUACCGGCACCGAAGACUUCAAGAGAACCUUGGGACCCUGUUGAUGAGGUGACGUGGGAGAAAUGGUUUGACACGGACGGUAGACCGAAGGUGAGAAUGGAGGAGAUGCAAAGAGAGGUGUUUAGGAGGGGAAUAGACCCCACAGGAUCACUGAGGAAGAGGAUUUGGCCGUUCCUUCUCGGAGUACAUCCAUGGGAUGCUGACCACAAAGAGCGCGCCAUAAGUUGGGAAGCAAAGAGGAAACGUUACCACGAGAUUAAAAGCGAGUGGUACGGUGUUUCCGAAGUGUUCGAUCGGCCAGACAUACUUGAAGAACGACAUCGUAUAGAUGUAGAUUGCCGUCGUACAGACCGUACACAUCCGCUCUUCUGCACAGCUUACCCCGACGUUUCGAGUGACGAGGCCCAUCAAGCCCAUCGGCGCAUCACUAUUUCUCCGCAGACUGAUAUCGGGGCGCAGUCGCCGAGUAAUGAGCACGUCGACAAAAUGGCUGGCAUUUUAUUGACAUACAACUUUUAUGACAAAGAUCUCGGAUAUGUGCAGGGCAUGUCCGAUCUUUGUGCCCCUUUGUAUGUAGUCAUGGACACGGAAGAGGAACUGACGUUUUGGUGCUUUGUUAAAGUGAUGAACCGCAUGAGCGAGAACUUUCUUCGUGACCAGAGCGGCAUGAAGAAACAACUGUUAACGUUGCAGGAACUUAUCAGUGUCAUGGAUCCUGAACUUUACCGACAUUUCGAGAAAACAGACGGACUGAACCUUUUCUUUUGCUUCCGUUGGGUACUUAUCGCAUUUAAACGUGAAUUUGUAUUCGACGACGUUCUUCGGCUUUGGGAAGUCCUUUGGACGGACUAUUACAGCAACAACUUCGUUCUCUUUGUUGCACUGGCUGUUCUGGAGUCUCACCGCGACAUGAUCCUGCGGUAUUUGGUAGAGUUCGACGAGGUAUUGAAAUACUGCAAUGAGCUUAGCAUGACCAUCGAGCUGGAUUCAACUCUCGCGCAAGCAGAGGUUUUAUUCCUUUCUUACGCACAACUUGUUGCCGACAUCGACCGGCGUCGGGCGGAAGAUGAGAACCAAUUUUCUUCGUCCAGCAACCUCCGUCACCGCCGGAGCUCGACGUCCAACUCUAUUGGAGCGACGCCGAGAGCCAAGGUAGUACUACCGACGCUAAGUGAGAAUCUGAGGGAAUUGUUGAGAGCCGGACGAUCAUAGUACGUCGAUGGACAUUGAAGGAUACACUCGAUGAGACUGUUGUACUCGAUAGUGUAUGCUACAUGUAACUGCACAUUAUUGUAUCACACCACAGUACACCUCCCACUUACGAAGACAGCACCACGUCUACGCCCCCAAUCACUGCGGAAACGGGUUUUUAAUCAGGUCCGGAGAUAGUCGGGUCAAUGACAAUAACCGUUGUAUAUCCCGAGGGUAGCUACUCCUAAUAAUAUGUCUGAAUAUAGUGCCGAAGUGUUCUCGUUUCGGAGCAUAA